AUGGAUGGAUCGGAGAGCAGAUCGAAGAUAGAGAGGAGCUGGGAAACCCACUCAGUAUGCCAAAGUUCUCAUCCUCAAAUAGUUUUCUUUGUACUGACCCUUUUCAAAGCCAAUGUCGAGGACAGCACUCUUCGAGAAGCCUGUAGACAACUGUCUCAACAGUCCAAGGUCGACUACAAACAACUCGUUAAUGCUGCGGAAGUCGCCAAACGCCGAUAUGACUAUUACUGCUUCUCAAAGGAUACCAUUGCCGGCACCAAUCCUCCAGACGGUCCUGCCCAGGCUCUCAAGGUGACCCUCAGCCUCGACGAUAAAAAGGCUCUCAUUGCAGAGCGAGAACGGCUAUUCUCCGGCAGGGGGAUGCUCAUCAUCAUCUGUACCGUCUCUCUUGCCGCAUUCCUCCAAGGUCAUGUCCAGUCGUCUAUCAACGCGGGGAGUCUGUUUGCCGAGACAGUUGGCAUCACUGAGCCCCGUCUAAUCAACCUCACUGCAUCCAUCAAUGCAAAGUGGCAGCUGGGCGGCAUGAAUGCCAUUCCCUUUCUGACGGCAGCCUUCCCGGGCGCACCGCUCUCUCUACCUGUCAACUAUUGCUUUGGUCGUCGCGGGGCCCUCGGUAUCUCUGCCCUUCUCAUUAUUGCCAGUUCUUUGGGCUCAGCCUUUGCUUCCACGUGGCAGCAGGUCCUUGGCGCAAGGAUCGUCGGCGGAAUAGCCAUGGGAAUCAAGGCCGUCAGCGCCCCUAUCCUUGCUUCUGAGACAGCCGUGGGCUACUGGAGAGGCUCUACCAUCCUAGCAUGGCAGCUAUGGGUCGCGUGUGGCAUAAUGAUCGGGUUCGUCGUCAACCUCGUAAUCGCCAGCGCCACAAACAACAAUACUGACGUCGUCAUUAACCCAUUCUCUUCUUCUGGGUACCAAUCACGAUAUCUCGCCUUUCAACUGAUCCUCGGCGCCCCUCUUGUUCCUUCAAUCCUACUCCUGAUCGCCUUGUGCUUUUGCUACGAGAGCCCACGGUUCUACAUGAGGCCGGGGACACCCAACUACAACCUCGAACGAGCCUUUGAGAUUCUCCGCAAGGUCCGAAAGAACGAGCUACAAGCUACUCGUGACUUCUUUCUCAUCUGUACCCAGAAGGCCAAGGACGAUGAUGUCGACUCGGGCUUGACAUACAUGUCUCGCAUCUGGGUAGUCCUCAAGCUCUCUGCAAGACAGUUCAGGCCUCUGUUCAAUCAGCAACAUCUGAGAAACGCCCUGCUGAGCAGCUGUACCGUCGCUCUAGCCCAGCAGCUAUGUGGCAUCAACGUGUUCGCCUUUUACUCAAACGAGCUCUUUAGUAACUACGGAGUCGAAAAGAGUAUGGGUUACAGUUUUGGUUUCGGUGGUGUCAACUUCUUCUUUGCCUUGCUAGCAAUGAGGUCCAUUGAUAUCAUCGGACGAAGACGGUGGCUCUUGUCCACCCUCCCGGUGAUGAGUGUCUGUUUAAUGGCUGCGGCUAUUGCAUACGCACCGUAUGUUCAUGAUCCAGACUAUAAUAUAUCAUCAUCUCGUGCAAUACUAACACAUUUUCUGCAGGGUGCUUCAGUAGCCAUAUCCAUCAACCUACUUUUCGCGGGCAUCCUAACAAUCCUGAUCCCCAGUAUCAACAGAGAGUUCAAGAUCGAGGGUACUCUCGGUUUCUUUGCUGGACUGAACGUGGUCGCGUUCAUUCUCGUCUGGCUGUUUGUCGAGGAGACAAAGCGGCUACCGCUGGAGGAGCUGGAAAAGGUGUACGACAACCCCAAGUUCGAUUUCGCCAAGUAUCAGCUUUUUACGCGUCUUCCUUACCAUAUGAAGCGUCUGGCAUCUUGCUUUGGAGAGGUUGAGGAGCCUGAAAGCUUUGAUGAGAUCGUGCUCAAGAAGACGAGGAGGGCGGGAGAUCCGGCCGACACGUCAGAUGAUGAUGUUCCACCGCGACCAGGGACUAAUUAG